CUGGUAUCCGGGGAUGGUGACACCAACCAGUCGGAAGACUGGAUGUUAUUCUAUUUAAGCUUCUGAAGUAGGCAGUAACACAAUUGCUGAACUGUGAAAUUAACCUACAUGUCAAAUUGAGGAACUGAAUCUGACAUGAGUACUGAACUGUAACAUGAACCUGCAUGUCAAACUGAGGGACUGAAGCUGUGCAUUGUGCGGUGACUGACAGACAGCACAAGGUAGCAACUGAUGCAGAACUUUCCACAUAUCACAGUUGAAACCAUAAAUAGAUGUGGCUGCCCUCACGCACAACUCUUGCAGCCAUGAAGUGGAGUCUGUGGUUAACUGCUACUAUAGCUCUUGUGCUGCAGCUGUCAAUAAGUGAAGGGCUAAAAUGUCAUACUGAUGAAGAUUCACAAAACCCAGAUGAAUUUCAAGAGGUUGCUGCCAUAUGUAUGAAGAAUACGUCAGGAUCUGAGCUUAACAGAAGUGACAGAGAAAAUAAAAGGAAUGGAAACAAUUAUCACAAAAAUAAUUUUGGAAACACCAAUGACAACUGGAGCAGUGGUGGUAUGGGGCAGACCUUCCCUGGUUAUAAUAGUGAAAAUGAAGGCUAUGGUUCGCAUGGCAUUGGUAGAUGCACUGCCAAUAAUGAUGGAUACAACAAUAACAGAAACAACAUGAAUCAAAAUAACAUGAAUGGCAUGAGGCAGAAGCCACGAAAUCGUAAUCGAAGAUCUGGCCAGCAGUCUGAAGCAGCAAAUGUUGAUUUGGAAGAUAUUGAACCUUGUGCAGUUCACUGUAUCUUCAGGCAGAUGGGAAUGCUGGGAGAUGAUGCUCUUCCAGAUAGAUCUGCUGUUGCAAAAGUCAUGCUUCGUGGUGUCAAAGAUACAGAAGUCAAGGACUUUGUUCAAGAAGCUGUAGAAGACUGCUUUGAUCAAGUUGAGUCUGAUCGAAAAGGGAGCAAAUGUGAUCUUUCAAAGAAUGUGGCAUUGUGUCUUCGGCAAAAAGGACGUGAGAACUGUGAAGAUUGGGGUGAGCAAGAAGACGACCAACAAAGCAACCAGAAUAAAAAUGGAAACAACAAUGGAAAUAACAGCAAUAACCAGUAUGGGAACAAGAAGUGGAAUUAAGUACUAAUACUUGCAUGUAUAAAAGAAAGAUGGCACAGAUCUUCAGUGUACAAGACCACAUGUUCAAACUUUUACUUUAAAAAUUAUGA